AACUUGCCAAAAUAAAGCCCAUUCCUUUCGGACACCUGUGUGUGUGUGAAUGGAGAAACACGAGAGCAAUAUCAAUGGAGGGAGACGGGUUUUGGAGGGGGGAGAAGAAAAGAUGGCUGCAGCAGGAACAAUGAUAGUGGAGAAGAAAACAAUAAUCAGAUCAGCAGCAGCAGCAGCGAUGGCGCUUAGGGCUUUGGGGAUGGCGCUGAGUCUGGCGGCGGCCAUCGUGGUUGGCGUUGAUAAGCAAACCGUCAUGGUAGAGGUGUCCGUGGUUGACUCUUUGCCACCCUUGCAUCUCCCUGUUACCGCCAAGUGGCAUCACCUCUCUGCCUUCGUGUACUUCGUGGUCGCAAAUGGCAUAGCAUGCACAUAUGCAGCGCUCUCUUUGGCGCUCACAUUGGCCACCAAGGGUGGAAGGAAGGGUUUGGCAUCGACGAUUAUAAUCCUAGACCUAGUGAUGGUGGCGCUGCUCUUCUCCGGCAACGGAGCCGCCGCGGCAGUCGGCGUGAUCGGCUUCGACGGGAACUCGCACGUUCGUUGGCAAAAGGUUUGCGACAAGUUCGGGAAGUUUUGCCACCAGUUCGCCGCGGCGCUGGCGCUGUCUCUGCUCGGGGCCAUGGCGUUUAUGUGGCUGGUUGUGCUGAAUGCUCUGAAACUCCACAAGAAUAAUUAAUUACGAGGAAGAUCAGAAUUCGCAGGGUUGGCCUCUGUGUGUUCCUUCUAGAUUAAGUGAACUUAUUAAGGUGGCAUUGUUAGGUGUGUAGCAGUUAAGUAAAUGUUUACAUUAUUGACUGUUAUGGUCAAUUUAUGUUGCGCUUGUGUACCUUCUUCUUCGUACGGGCACAUAUAUAUCCCCUUUUUAACUGUUGAAGCCGCGUAGAGCGUAUUAUUAAUAUUGAAAGCCAACCCCAAUUCAUUUCUUUCA